AAUUCCUCAGACAAUAACAAGAAUGAGGAAGAGACAUCAUUUUAAAACUCAAUGCUCCAGUUCAUUAAGACCACAAGGAACCAACCCCAGCUUUAAGAUGCCGUUUUUACUUCUUUUUAUGAUGCUGUCAGCCUGUGCUGCAAGUCCACAGGAUCUGUCAGGAAAGAUGUUUACGUUUCCACAAGAAACCAACACAGCUAGAGUCAUGCUGAAUACAUCGGCAGAUAAUCUGAGUGCUGUAACAGUCUGCUUAAGGUCCUUCACAGACCUCAGUAGACACCACAGCCUUUUUUCUCUCGCCACACCGUCUUCUGAUAAUGGCUUUCUGAUAUUCAAAGACAAUUCUGACAAAAUUUCUCUCUAUGUGGACAACAAAAAAGUAGAAUAUCUAGCCCUGGGCUAUGAGUUGAAUGUGUGGCACUCUAUUUGUUCCACAUGGGAUGUUGAAUCUGGAUUGGGUCAGAUGUGGCUCAAUGGAAAGUCUUCACCUAGGAAGUUUCUCGGUGGAUCACGGAUUAGUCAACCAAUUGUUAUCUUAGGACAGGAACAGGACAGUUAUGGUGGUAGCUUUGACACAGAGCAAUCCUUUAUUGGAAUGAUCUCCGAUGUCCACAUGUGGGACUAUGUUCUUUCACCCUGUGAGAUCCAGAGCUAUGUGGAUAAUCUGAAUUUCACUCCAGGGAACGUGUUAAACUGGAGAGCCCUUACAUUUGAUGUUAUUGGAAGGGUGCUGAUAGAAAACAGAAUUCUGACAUGCCACUAGAGCCACUUCCCCCCAAAAACUUCUGUUGAGACAAGUUUGACUUCUAAGGGGCAAUUGUUAUUUAGCUGUAAACAUAACUAGACAACUGUGUGCAAUAAAAGGGAAUGUAUUCAAUUAGAAGAAAUUUAUAAAGAACAAUAAGAAUUAUACAACUGCUUGAAUUCUUGCAACAUUGUAACAUGGCUUUCUUACAGUCUACGGUUGUUCCAAGCAGUUUACCCAUAAAUAAUCUUUUUCUUCUGUUGUUGAAAUUUAUGGCCUGUCUUUGUGUUUUUCUUUUUUUUUCUUUUUCUGAAUAUCCUUGGAAAGGAGAACAAUUGCAUUUUACAACCCCUAUCAAGUUAGAUACCUAUCCAAGCUGCUGGGUAACUGUGUUUUUUAAUAGGGGCUAAAUAUUUCAAAGUAGUUCAUCAUUUUAUAAGCAAUGUCUACUAAAUUUUGAACAGACUGUAACAUAUUAAAACUUCACAGUUUGUACACCUACUUAAACCUUAAUGCUAAAAAUAUAACCAUGCUUGAUUUUCCUUCAUGUUUAAAUAGUGUUUACAUGAAAGUAUUACAUGUUUAAAUAGUAAAUAAAUUUGUGAAUUUGGGUAAAGGAGCUAAAUGCUGAAGAAAUGUAUUUGCUUUUUAUUGUUGCCAGGGUCCUUGGCGUAUUAAAGUAAGCUUGGGGAAGAUAGUACUGGGACUCUUGUAGCUCCUCCUUUUAGUUCUGAAAGUAAAAAAAAUUAGCAUCAGCUUAAAAUUAAAAUUACAUAAGUGAAUCUUUGAUUAAAACCAACUGUGACUAGGUUUUUGGAACAAGAGAUUUAAUUAUCUUAAAUCUUCUUUGGA